AAUUUUGAAACCCAUAAUUGAACCUUACCCUUUCCCUUUUUUUCUCACUAAAUCACUGUCCUCCAUAGAGGAAGGUCAUGAUCUUGGUCUGGUUUGUCACCCUCAGGUCAUGAUCUUUUGCCUCAUCAUCAUCCUUUGGGAAUUUUCUAUCUAAACCUGCUUGAUUUUAAGCAACUUGGACAAGAACAAAAGUUGCAUUUCUUUGAUUUAGGAUGAGAGAAAAGGAAAAUAUGGCAAAGAGAUCAUUGAAGUGUUAUGUGGAACAACGAUUUGGAAAGUUUCCAUAUUUCUUGAUUUAUGCUGCUCUUGAAUGGGUGUUGAUCAUUAUACUUUUCAUUGAUGGGUUUCUUGCAUUUUUUGCAAAUGAAUUUGCUAAGUUCUUUGAGUUGAGAAUUCCUUGCUUGCUUUGUACAAGGAUUGAUCAUGUUCUUGUUCAAAGAAGUUCUGAUUUUUAUUACAAUGAAUCCAUCUGUGAGAAUCAUAAGAAAGAUGUUGCAUCCCUUGCAUAUUGCCAUGUUCAUAAGAAGCUCUCUGAUAUAAGGGAGAUGUGUGAAGGGUGUCUCCUUUCGUUUGCUACAGGGAAAGAUUCUGAUUGCCAUACCUAUAAAUCUCUUAUUGGGAUUUUACAUAAGGAUAUUGAAAUGUUUGUUGACGAUGAAUAUGAAAUUCAGUUGACACUUCCUUCUAAUAAGAAGGAUGAGUUGAUACUUAUGGAGAAGAGUAGUUUCAAUUGCUGUUCUUGCUGUGGGGAGCCAUUGAAAGUUAAAUACCGUUCAAAAGCUAAAAACAUUGGGCUCACUUCAUUGGCUCCUGCUCCUUCUCCACGAUCACCAUUCACCACUUCGAGAAAUGAGGAGUUUUGCCAGUUGGACUUGCCCCAGAUUCGAUUCACAGAACUCAAGCAUGUCUCGGAUAAUGAAUCAGAGGUUCAAGAGGACACUGCCAGUCUCACUAGGCAAUCAAGGGAAGAUGUCAAAGCUGCUACCGUUCCAUUGCUGACUGAUUCUGAAGAUUUUAAUGAAGAUAGAUCUCCUACAUUUGUCAGAGGAAACAGAUUCUUUGGAGUCGCACUCUCAGAUUCAGCUCAAAACAGUCCUAGGUUUAGCACAAAGGCUCUACAAAAAUCACUACCUGAGAAAACAGACGAUUCUAAAGAGUCUACUGAGGGAAAUGGAUCAAAUGAAGCAUAUGGUGACUCCAUUCUGCACCAAUUAAAUAGACAGGUUCGCUUGGAUCGCAAGUCACUGAUGGAUCUCUACAUAGAAUUGGAUGAAGAAAGGAGUGCUUCUGCUAUUGCGGCUAACAAUGCAAUGGCCAUGAUUACCAGGUUGCAGGCAGAGAAAGCAGCUGUUCAGAUGGAUGCUUUACACUAUCAGAGGAUGAUGGAGGAGCAGGCAGAGUAUGACCAAGAAGCUUUGCAAAUGACUAUGGAUAUGCUCUCCAAGAGAGAGGAAGAAGUUAAAGAAUUAGAGGCUGAGCUUAAUGCUUAUAGAGCAAAAUAUGGAUGCUUAAGCGAAGAGGAUUACCAAGAGUUUAAAUCAAAAUCUUACACACUCAAAAAUGUAAAAUCUGAAUGUAGCAGCUCAUCUGAUGGUUUUGCUAAAGUAUUGUCCUUCCAUGGUCGUGGUGGAUCAGUGAAGGAUCUUAACAGAUUGAAAACAGAUGAAAUAUUGGCGGGAACCAAAAGCCUGGGGCGUCUCAAAAGCCUUGACAAGAGAGUUCACUUCUCUUCAGAUAAUAUGAUCCCUUCCUCACAGUCUUAGCUGCCAAAGUUAUCCAUACAAAAGAAAGACAAGUACUGAUAUACAUACUAUUUUAUUUGACUAGAUGACAGAUUAGUGAAUUGCAAGAUGUGUUUUGCCCCUAAAUAAGAUAGGUGUGCUUGGUGGCCUGUAACUUUUGCUUCCCUCACCAGUCACCAGUCUGAAAUUAGUAGUUCCUUGGAAAAAACUGAAGAUACAAUGUUAUGGUUCUGCUGCCAAACUUUGUUGUAGAGUUUCCUCUUUUUGUAUAAGGCUAACGCUUUCCUUAAAACUUCCAAUGGCUACAGUCAAUAGGGAGAACUGAAAAUUUUUUAAUUAUCAAAUUUUCCUAUACAGGAAAAGAUAUAGUAGUAAGUAAGGUCAGGCUUAUGUCUCUGCAGAAAUUUAUAUUAGUGAUAUCAGUGAUCAUCGAAAAUUUAGUGAAGUCUAGUGUAAACUUACACAAUUGCUGGGACGACAGAACAUGGACACAGUAAUAUUCAGGUUAUGUUAUACCUUCCAUAAGCAUAUCCUUUGUUCAAGCUUCAAAGCAUAAUGCGGGGCUUGACUGAGAUUUUGUGUUUCUUAAGGGUGAUAGGAGAUCAUGUUGGAAAUGCCAUGUAAGGUACAGAAGGUCGCACAUAUACCUUAAAAGCUGAAGAACAAAUUGCAGAGUGGAAUAUAGACCCACCAAAGAGGUUGGUACUCUGAAUGAAAAUAACAUUUUUUACCAGAAUUUUUGUAUCACGUAUGGAUCUUUAUUUCUUAGCUUUCUUUUGUUCUGUGUAUCGAUAAAUUUUUCUAUCAUGAGCCACACUAUCUUUC